ACUGAGCGCCUGCAAUAGAAGAAGGCAGCAGUCUGCAGCUCUCACUAUCCUCAAUACUGAGCACCUUCCCCAGCAUGGAAUGAGCUGCAGCCUCCAAACUCUGCGACCUUCUCUGCUAUGUGGAAUGUUUCUUCUCAGCUGAACCUCAUUGCAUUCUGUCAGGGGAUUUACUACCCAACACGUGUCUGCAGGGUACACACAUGCCAUCCAUGGGCAUAGACUGGUGCAGCUCUGGAACCCCUUCAUUUUUACUAAGAUCAAGUGUUUGAGUUGACUUCUCAGGGACAUGGGUCAUGGUUUAAUCCUCCUCUGGGUUAAUGUGGCUUUAACAUGAACAACAUUGGCUGUUGUGUGACUUGGAGGAGAUACAGAGUUGUCAAGGGGAGAAGACUUUAUAACUGGAUGUAAAAGUUGUGUGACCAGGGGAAAUAACAAAGAAAUGGACAUUGCUGCCUCUUACUAGAGAUCUGUAAAGGAACUAUAAACAAAUGUGCUGGAUUGCUGGAGUGUUGGCUCCCCUGAGUACAGUGCAUGGGAGAUUUAGAGUCUGGAUAAGACGGUAAAAGAUGAAGACUUCUGUACUCUUAACCUUUUUGAUUUGGUCGGCGGUAAAUGCAGAUUUAAAACUGGUGUCCAAAAGAAACUCAGCUGAUGGCUGCAUUGACUGGUCUGUUGAUCUGAACACCUAUAUGUCGCUGGCAGGAGAACCGGUGCGAGUAAAAUGUGCACUGUUCUAUAGUUAUAUCAGGACUAACUACACCAUGGCUCAGAGUGCAGGACUACGGCUCAUGUGGUACAAAACCAAGGGGGAUUUGGAAGAACCAAUUUUAUUUUCUGUGGCAAGGAUGAGCAAGGAUGAGGACUGUCUAUGGAUUCAUUCAGCAGAGGUACAAGACAGUGGAUUCUACACAUGUGUUUUAAGAAAUUCCACGUACUGCAUGAAGGUAUCAAUGUCCUUGACGGUGGCAGAACAUGAGGCAGGACUUUGUUACAACAGUAGGAUACGAUACAUAGAAAAAGCUGAAGUCACCAAAACUAAGGUCAUCUCAUGUCCUGAAAUUGACGACUAUGGGACACCAAAUGAAAGCACUGAAGUCGUAUGGUAUAAGGAAUGCAAACCAAAGAAGUGGAGAAGUCUGAUAAUACAGAAGGGAAAUAGCCUUUUGAUACAAGAUGUUCAAAAAGACGAUAUGGGAAAUUACACUUGUGAAAUUAAGUUUGAAGGCAGACCGAUCAGGCGGACAAUUCAGCUAAAGGUAACAGCUUUACUCACAGCGAAGCCUCCUAAACCAUUGUUCCCUGUGGAGAACCAGCCAAGUGUUAUAGAUGUCCAGCUGGGCAGCCCACUCAGUGUAUUCUGCAGAGCCUUCUUUGGAUUCAGUGGUGAAUCAGGUCCCAUGAUCUACUGGAUGAGGGGAGAAAAAUUUAUUGAAGAAUUAGAGAACCAUAUUAAGGAAGGGGUAAUCAGGUUACUUAGAGAACACCUUGGGGAGAAGGAGGUAGAACUGGCUUUAACAUUUGAUGCUGUACAUGAAGGAGACCUGGGUAACUACACCUGUCAUGUGGAAAACCGAAAUGGCCGAAAACAUGCUAGUGUCAUCCUAAGAAAGAAAGAAUUAAAGUAUAACAUGGAACUUGCUGGAGGUCUAGGUGCUAUCUUCAUUGUAUUCAUUUUGCUCCUCACUAUCUAUAAAUGCUACAACAUAGAAAUAAUGCUCUUCUACAGACAGAAUUUUGGCAGUGAUGAAGCUGCAGAAGACAACAAAGAAUACGAUGCAUAUCUUUCAUAUACUAAAGUGGAUCCAGAUUCAUUAGAUCAUGAAAGCAAAGAAGAGGAACAGUUUGCACUAGAAAUUCUUCCAGAUAUCCUAGAGAAACAUUACGGAUACAAGCUAUUUGUUCCAGACCGGGACAUGAUCCCCAGUGGAACAUACAUGGAAGAUCUUGCAAGAUGCGUUGAGCAAAGCAGAAGACUAAUCAUAGUGCUGACUCCAGAUUAUGUCAUCAGAAGGGGGUGGAGCAUAUUUGUGCUGGACAGCAGACUCCACAAUAUGCUGACCAGUGGAGAAAUCAAAGUGAUCUUAAUAGAAUGCACAAACCUGAGAGCCAAAGUCAAUUAUCAAGAAGUAGAAUCCCUAAAACACGCCAUCAAGCACCAGGCAUUGAUCAAGUGGGAUGGUCCGAAAAGCAGCAAAAUAAACUCAAAGUUUUGGAAACGCCUAGUCUAUGAAAUGCCUGCAAAAAAGAAAGAAGUGUUAUCCAGACAGCAUGUCAUGGACAGUGGAGAGCAGAGUCUUUUUGGGGACCUACAAACUGUACCCUCCAUUGCUGUAACAGGAACAUCUGGCACACUGCCACCAUCAGAAGAUAUAGCGGCCUACCGUCAUGCAGAAGCAAUGCAAAUGAGACAUUUCUGCAGAGCUUAUGAAUAUCAGAAACCGGCCCAAGUUAUGCCAGUAGCAUCUCUAGGCAAUCACCAUACAUAUUGCAAUAUACCAUUAACCCUUCUCAAUGGACAACUGAGCCACAACAGUGCAGCCAAGGACCCACAAGAGUUCCAUGGAAAUAGUACAUUGAUACCAAUAUCAUCGAGGGAGCUUGGCAUUUCCAGUGAUAUUUGGUAGAAGACCUCAUAUUUGCUGCUGUACAAGCUCUCUAACAUUUGAUGAACCUUAAACUCAUGCCACAGGGGUGCCAAAAGAAGCUUUCAAGCAAUGGCACAAUUACUCAGUUUUCUACUGGAGAAUUUUGUUUACAAUACCAGAAUAUUGAUAUUAAGGAUUCUGCCUUUUUUUUUUUUUUUAGUUCUAAAAUAGUUAAAAAAGAUACAAAAACAAAAUACGGUAGAAAUGUUUAACUGCAAUGUCAGGAGAAUAAAGAAAAAAAAAGUAAAUAAGCAAAAAAAAACAAAAAAACAUGAAAUAAAUAUUUUAGUUUAGAAGUUGCAAUCUAAUGGACUAGCAAUUCAGUAUGGUAUGAAACAAAGGAUAAUUUCUAUAUAUUUCGAGAGUCAUUUCAAUACAAUAAAAAUGUUAAACUAUAGUAACUUUAUUUUAGACUUAUAAUUAUGCAAAAGUCAUAGCACAUGCUGAAAAGGUUUUUUUUUUUUUUUUUUUGUAAAGAAAGAAUUGUGUGAUACUGUGGAGGUUUUGUUCACCUCUUGUGAGAUUGUCACAUGUCCAUGAAUAAAACUGCACAAUAGAGUUAACAUGUUGCUGAAACCUUUCAAUGAUAGAGAGGUAAGGGCUGGGGUAUCUCUAGUAGUGAGCGGGUUAAUGUUGCACACCGAGCCUUUUUUUGUGUACUGCAAGCACAACAUUGUUGUGA